GAGCGGGUGGUGGGCGCGGGCGACCGGGUCGUGGCCGUGAACGGGGAGGCCGAGGUCGGCGCGAUGCGGAAGGUUCUCAAGGCGGAGGACGUCGUCGCCCUCCGGGUCGCGCGGAGGGGCAGUGCGGCCCGGGCGAUGGCCUCCCCCGAGAGUACCGAGGACGCGCCCGCGAGGGCGGGGCGCGCAGGGCCCGCGGCCGCCGCGCGGGGCGCCAGGGCGGACGCCGCCGCGGCGCGGGAG